ACCAGUCUGAGCUGCAGCUCAUGAAAUACAAAAGCUGUUCUGAUCAGUUCUCAGUUAUUUUCUGUGAGAAGGAUGGAGAACAACGGGGAUGAAGUCUGCUAUUCUACAGUCAAUAUCAAAAGUAGAAAAUCUCCUCCGAGAGAGACUGAGGAGGAACCAACCAUUUACUCUGAAGUGAAACAAAAGAAAGCUGCUCCUGCUGAAACAGGUCAAGAGAAAGAAGAAACAGCGGCGCUCUGUGGCUCCCGUCUGAUGCUGCUGUGUUUGGGGAUUCUCAGUGUCCUGCUGGUUGUGAGCAUCACCGUCAUCGUCUACUUGAGCAUGAAGACGACCACACAGCAGACGGAAAUCAAUAACCUAAUCUAUAACACGACCACGCAGCAGGUAGAAAUCAAUAACCUAAACAAUAACAUGACCACGCAGCAGACAGAAAUCAAUAACCUAAACAAUGAGAAGACCACGCUGCAGACAGAAAUCAAAAACCUAACCAAUAACAUGACCACGCUGCAGACGGAAAUCAAAAACCUAAACAAUAACAUGACCACGCUGCAGACGGAAAUCAAAAACCUAACCAAUAACAUGACCACGCUGCAGAUAAAAAACCAAAACCUAACCAAAGAAAAUGAGCGAAUGACUGAGGAAAAUGAAAUGAUGCAGAACAAAACCAAGGAGCUGAACAAGACUCUGGGAUUCAUCAAGAGGUUUGACAACUUUCCUGUGAAAGACUACUGUUCUAACAAAGAGUGUGGGCCGUGCCCGAAGAACUGGAUUCUCUUCGAGCAAAAAUGCUACCUGUUUUAUGAAGAACCAGCUCCUUGGAAGACCUGGGAACAAAGUCGAACGUUCUGUCAGAACAAAAAUGCAGAUUUGGUUGUUAUUGAUAAUCAGAAGGAGCAGGAAUUUGUCACCAAUCACACCAUAAAGUACAAAGACGAAUGGCACGGAUACUGGAUAGGACUACAACAGGUUAACAACAACUGGACCUGGAUUGAUGGACGUGUAGACACUCUUAGGUUCUGGAUAAAUGGGAACCUCAGGGGGUCAGGUCCAUAUGCACAUCUGAACCCAUAUGGAACCGUCAAAGCGAACUGGGGCGAACCACCGGAGAAGUUUGAGAACAAAUUUAUCUGUGAGCUUCAAGCUGUUAUUUGGCAAAUCUAACUCUUCUCUUUUAAACUCCAGAAGUUUCAUACACUGUAUAAAAAUACACAUGCGUUUUUUUCCACGCUGUCUGAUGUGAAAUCAGAAUAAACUUUUCCUCUUUUGGUCUAUUACAAUGACCAAAAUAUUUUCUACAACCAGAACAACAAGUGGGAUUUUUUCAGGCAAUCUUCACUGUAAAAAAUCAAACAAAUAUUCUUUACAGUGUAUGUAAACUUCUGGAUUCAUCUGUAAUUAAUUUUGUCAUCAGUUUUUGGUAAAUGUCAUAAAUAAAAACGAAAAUCUUUGACAGACAUCAUGCAGCACCAGAAGCCGGAAAUGUUCAGUAAAAAUCCAGACAAAUCUAAAAACUGAAAAUGAUUUAUUUCAAAGAGUUCAUUUAUUUACUUAUUUAUUUUUGUUUGGUUUUCAUAAUAAAUAAAAACGUCCUAGUAAUGUUUAGUUUUCAGGUAAAUAUUCUGCUGUCAAGUUGUUCUGAACUGAAAAUAUAUUUAACAUAAACUCAAAUCAUCAGUUGAUUCAAAGAAUAAUUUAUAUAAUAAAUUUAAAUCAGAGGUUUAUUUAACUUGUUGGAUCCCUGUGAUUAAAGGAGAGUCUGAUUUCAGAGAAUGUGUUUUAAUUUAAUAUGAAUGAAUGAAUGAAUGAAUGAAUGAAUGAAUGAAUGAAUGAAUGAAUGAAUGAAUGAAUGAAUGAAUGAAUGAAUGCUUUCAAUAAGUGAAGUGAACUGAUGUUAUUCAAACUGUUGCAGUCUGAAAUGGAUCAUUAGUGAUUGAGCUCGUUGAAUCAUUUGUUUGCAGCUCUGUAUAUUAACUUUGUGCUCUCGGUUUUCCAGAUUUUUCUCUCCUCAGAUUUUUCUGUUUGUAAUUUCAGCCACUUGAUUAUGACUUUCUAUAUACACUCCCUCUGGUCUUUGCUGCUUUUUAUAUUUAUAACUUUUCAGGCUUGCUGUUGCUUCAGUAAUAAAUUACCGUUUGCAAAAUUA